AUGGCAGGAAUAGUCAUCUCCGCACCAGCAGACUCCCCCUUCCAACCGGGCACGGAAGUCUACUCGCGCACUAAUUACAUUCGGCCCGGCAAUGCGCGUGAAUACUCUAUCGCUGUUACUGGAGAGUUGGCACGGAAACCGAAGGGAUUGAGUUUCGUGCAGGCGGUUUCUAUUCCGCUUUCUGCUAUGACGGCUUGGCAGAUUCUUUUUGUCCAUGCUUUUCCUACUGAGCAAGAGAUGGGGAUUGAAGAGGCCAAGGCUUUCUGGAAGGGGAAGAGGGUUCUUGUUACUGCUGCGUCUGGGGGUGUUGGGAUGUGGGUUGUACAAUUGGCGAGGAUGCUUGGGGCGGAGGUUAUUGGGACGUGUGGGAGUGGGAAUGCCAAUCUUGUGAGGGACCUCGGGGUUGGGGAGGUGCUUGAUUAUCGGAAGGUGGAUUUGAAGGAGUGGGCUCGUCAGGAUGGGAAUGCGGUUGAUGUUGUUGUUGAUUGUGUUGGUCGGCAGGCUCUUGCUGAUGCGUGGUGGACUGUUAAGGAUGGCGGUGUUGUUUUGAGUAUUUAUCAGCCGCCUAAGGGGGUUUGUCCAGCUGGAUUUGAGCGAACUGGCGUGAGGGAUGUGUUCUUUGUUAUGCAACCUGUUAGUAGGCAGUUGGAGGAGAUUACGAGGUUGGCUGAGGCUGGGUUGUGUCGCGGGAUAGUUGAUAGUGUUUGGCCGCUGGAACAGUUCGAGGAGGCGUUUAAGAGGUUGGACGGGGGUCAUGCGAAGGGCAAGAUUGUGUUUGAUCUGGAGCUAAAUCGUUAG